AUGAUCAGCUACCACGACAAGUUCCGGCUGUUCAUCACGACGAAACUCGCGAACCCCCAUUACGCCCCGGAGAUAUCCACUAAAACGACGUUAUGCAACUUCGCCAUUAAGGAACAGGGACUGGAAGACCAGCUCUUGGGAAUCGUGGUCAGAAAAGAGAAGCCGCAGCUCGAAGAACAGAAGGACAAUCUGGUCUUCACGAUCGCGUCCAAUAAACGAACUCUCAAAGAACUCGAGGACAAAAUACUCUACCUGCUGAACGUAGCCGGAGACACUUUGCUGGACGACCUGGAUUUACUGAGCACGCUGCAAUCGUCAAAGGCGACCUCGACCUCUAUCGAGGAAUCGUUGAUAGUCUCUGAACAAACAGAGAAGGAGAUAGAUCUCGCCCGAGAGGAAUACAGGCCGUGUGCACACCGUGCCGCGAUCCUCUUCUUCGUGCUGAACGACACGAGCCUUAUCGAUCCGAUGUACCAAUUCGCGCUGGACGCAUACAUUACCUUGUUUAUGCUGUCGAUCGAGAAGAGCAGCAGAAGUGCAAAGCUCUCCGAAAGGAUCGAGAAUUUGAACGAGUACCACACUUACGCGUUCUACAAGAAUACAUGUCGAGGACUGUUCGAACAACACAAGCUGCUCUUUUCCUUUAACAUGUGCAUGAAAAUCCUGGACGCCCAAGAAAAAGUGAUUCACAGCGAGUACGCUUUCUUACUUCGCGGCGGGAUCGUUUUGGAUAGGGAAAAUCAGCCAGAUAAACCGGUUGCCUGGUUACCCGAUGAAACUUGGGAUAAUAUCACGGAGCUGGAUAAGCUGGCUGGAUUUCACGGACUCGUUGCUUCCUUCGAGCAAUUCCCACGAGAUUGGAAUAAU